UCGAGUUUCACAAAUGAAUCGUUUGAGUCAAAUUUGCUAUUAAAAAAAAAAAUUGGUACCGUGGCUGCAAUUUUCCCUAAAAUAUAACGUAUAAUUGAGAUUCUUGAAAUCCCAAUUCUAUUACUGCCAUUAUUAUACAAUAAUAAUAUAUAGAGGCUAAAACCUACCUGUCACUCCCUCCCCAAUAUCGCAAGAGUACCCAAAUUCCUGCUCAUUGUCUUCACGCGAAGAAUUGAUGUACUUUCCUGGAGAUCUUGACCACAUGCAGAAUCAUGAUGAUUGCCUUGAAGCAUAAAGAUACUGGGCAAAAGAACUCUGAGGCACCCAUAAAGUGCCUCCGGAGCAAGGAUUGCCCUUGUAAUCUGCAUUACAAUGGCACUCCCGGUGAAGGAUUUUCGAAGCUCAGGGAUAGCCUCCUUGCUCAUCCACAUGGGAAUGCAACUGAAUUAAAUCUCUCGUUAAGCAGAGAUUCUCUUGAACUUCAGAAAGAAUCUCAAAACUGGCCAAAAUACCAUCACGAUUUACGUUCAUGGGUGGCUUUCUAUCCUGUUUCAAGUAAUAUGCCGCCAGGUCAGCUAAAUGCCUCUGAGGAUCAAUUUCACCCUUUCUCAGUAAAUCACAGAUUCCAGUAUACUCCAUCAAAUGCGUUUCCUCAAAGUUAUCCAUAUGAUUACCAGAUCCAAGAUUUUCAAUAUUUUAUCGUCAUUGAUUUCGAGGCAACAUGUGACAGAGAAAAUAUUCCUCAUCCUCAAGAGAUAAUUGAGUUUCCAUCUGUAAUAGUGAACAGCCUUACUGGACAGUUGGAAGCUUGUUUUCAAUCAUAUGUGCGGCCCACAUGCAACCAGCUCCUCAGUGAAUUCUGCAAGGAUUUGACAGGCAUCCAGCAAAUUCAGGUGGAUCGGGGAGUUACUCUCAGUGAAGCUCUUCUUAGUCAUGACGAGUGGCUUGAAAAGAAGGGAAUAAAAAACACCAACUUUGCUGUUGUUACAUGGUCCAACUGGGAUUGUCAGGUGAUGUUAGAAUCAGAAUGCCGGUACAAAAAACUUAAAAAGCCUCCCUAUUUCAAUCGAUGGAUCAAUCUGAAGGUCCCAUUCCAUGAGGUUUUUGGUGGAGUGAGGUGCAAUCUAAAAGAGGCAGUCGAGAUGGCUGGCUUGGCCUGGCAAGGCCGUGCUCACUGUGGUCUGGAUGAUGCAAAAAACACGGCCAUGCUACUUACUUUGCUUCUGCGCAAGGGCUUUAAAUUCUCAAUUACCAACUCCAUCACGUGUCAAUCUACUGAUGAUUCCUUUACAACGAAGCUACCUCCACAGCAUUAUCCAUUUGUUUCACCUCAACCUCAUAAAUUGAGUGAUCUGCAUUUUCAAGCAACACAGUUUCAGCCUUAUUGCCAUUGUGGAGUGAAAAGUAGCAAAGCAAUGGUUCGAAAACCGGGUCCUAAGCAAGGGAGCCUAUUCUUUGGAUGUGGAAACUGGACUGCUGGUAGGGGUGCUCUUUGCCAUUACUUUGAAUGGAUCUCUCCCUCCUGAUUCAAUUCAACUACCGUUUAGGAUAAACAUCGCUACCAUUUCUAGAAAAAGUAACUGGAGUCAGUGUCUACUUCUCUAUGGCAAUAUGUAGAUAUUUAGCUCGAGCUUAUCAUAGUGAAUGGAGGAUGCUGCCUGUCUAUAUACAUAUGGCUUGAUGCAGAAAGAGUAUUUGACAAUACAUAUGAGUAGUUAAAAGAAGUCAUCACAGGCUUAGACAAUGUGUUUUAUUAAAUAUGGUGUGAAAUAGGGUAUCUCUGGACUUUGGGGUCUCUAUUAGUUUAUAACCUGAAAGACUUGAGUUUUAGUUUCUUCAUAAGAUGGACUUUGUUUAUAUA